CUGUUUUGUGACAAGUGUUACGGUACAAGAGUAGAGUGCAGGGUACCGUGGCGCUCUGCUAUGAGUGGGCGGCACUCACAGCUGCGGGCGGCCGCGCUGCUCGUGUGCGCGCUGCUGGGCGCCGCGGCCGGGCCGCCAGUGCGCGCGGACGAGGACGGCGCUGCCACCGAGGCUGCCACGCCUUGCUUCGGUGAAGACUCCGCCGAAGUCACGACACGCGCUGAUGAUGCCGAAUCAGAUGAAGAAAGCGAUUCUGCUCCGUUUAUGAUCGUGGUGGAGCACGAGGACGGGUGGCACUGCGCGGCGUCGCUGGUGUCCCUGCGCACGGUGGUGACAUCAGCGCGGUGUGCUCGCGGCCGCUCCGCGCAGCUGCCGCGCGAGCUGUGGGCGCUGGCCGCCGCGCUGCUGGCGCGCCCCGUCCCCGCGCCCGCCUCCGCGCCCGCCCCCGCCGCCUCCCCGCCGCCCGCCCCGCCGCCCGCUCUGCACCGCGCCGCCUCCACCGCAGACACCGCGAGGCGCAUCGCACGCAUCGCGCUAGCUGGCGACCCGCGCCGUCGAGGUGCCGAAGAUCUGGCGCUGGACGACCUCGCUGUGCUCGAGCUGGAGUCACCAUUUGGUGCUGGAGCGCAAGCGCGUCCCAUACUCAUGGCGACGUCGCGAAAUGAGUGCGAGAAAGAGACAACAUGUCACGCGGUGCGCGCCGUGGCGGGCAGCGGGCCGCACCGCGCUCGCUUCCGCGUUGUGGACGCGACGCUGGCCGCCGAAACACUUUGCGCCACACGCGUGCCGCACUGGACCGACAUCCGCGAUCGUGCGUUGUGCCUUACUGGCGACGAGCUUUGUGCGGAGGACCGCGGAGCGGGCGUGGUGUGCGGCGGCAAGCUGUGUGGCGUGCUCAGCGAGUCCGCGCCCGAGCGUGCGGUGGAGGGUGAGGUGGAGCGUGGGUCGGAGCGUGGGGCGGAGCGUGCAGAGGGGGGCGGCGGUUGCGGAGACGCUCACGUGGUGCUUAGCGUCGCGCGCUGGCGCAGUUUCCUGCACUGCGCACAUACACUGCGCGCAUGCGGACGAGGAGACUGCGAGAAGCUGUGCAGCGAGCACCGGCUGCUCAACGGUGAUGCUACUUCGGAUAUCGAGACUACCGCAACAUUCGAAACAGAGAUUGUUACGGUUUUGGCCGUUUCUAAUUCAACAAGUACUGGAACUUUUCGUCGUUUUAAUUUUUGA